AUGUCACAUUAUUCACAAAUGUUCGCCCAUAGGUUUUUGAGUGAUACAACAAAAUUUACAACAGCUGGGGUCAAAGCAUCAGGCAAAGGAACAUCAGAAGAUGAUACAAAAUUAUUUCUUCAACGAGAUGGUUAUAAUGAAGAGACCUAUUUCUCAUUUGCUUUAAAUCCAAUAUUUAAUGGAGAUACCGUGACUGGUAUACUUGCUGUUGUUCAAGAGACAACUGAAAAAGUUUUAGGUGCAAGAAGAUUAAAGGUUCUAAGUGAAUUGGGUAACAACACGCCAGGUACAAGAUCAGUAGAAAACGCUUGUCAUCUGUUGACUUCUACUUUAAGAGAACACAAUGCAGAUAUACCAUAUUCAUUAGUUUACUUGAUUGAAAAUAAGAAUAAUUCAGCCAAAUCUGCUGAUUUGAUCGCAACUACAUUUGACGAAGAUCUUGAAAUUGAAUCAGAUGAAAACGGUGUUAAAAAAUGCUCUUUUGUAAAAGGAAAAUCAAGACGUUCGUUACCAGAUUAUUUCCCAAGAACUUACGACUUUGUAGAUUUGACGAUGGAUGAUGACGAUAACAUUACUGAUUCCUCUUCCACCUUUUCAGCCUCAUCAUCAGAUUUAACUAUACCAAAAAAAAAAGUCCUAAAAUCUAGUACUAAAGUCAUACUAAAAUUAAAAAAUAGUUCAUAUGCUAUAAUAUUUCCUGUUUAUAUAAAUUCAGGUGGUAAACUUGUAUUAACUGCCAUCAUGAUUUGUGGUAUAAAUAUAUAUAGAACUAGUGAUAAUGAAUAUAUAGAUCUUCUAAAGGAUGAUUUUAAAGUUUAUUCAGCUUCAGAUGGUAAAGAUGCACUUGCAAUUGUUAAAAGCUUAAAAAAAUUACCUGACCUUGUACUUAGUGCUAAAGCUGGCGAAGAAGCAAGACUAAACAAUGGCGCAGAUGAUUAUUUAACAAAACCAUUUCAACCAAAAGAAUUGAUUGCUAGAGUUCGUGCAAAUAUAAAGUUAUCAAAUUUACGUCAGAAGUUAUAUAAUCAACGGCGUCAACAAAACAUAACAAAAGAAUUGCUAUUCACAAUUUCUAAGGAAAUCCAUUCAGAGAAUGAUUUACAAGGAACACUUUCAAAUGUUAUAAAAGAAAUUCAUAAAAUUUUUGAUUGCGAUAGAAUUCUAAUCUAUGCUGAUAAAGUUGAUAACCCUGAUAAUGAGUUUUAUAAUGUGGAAGUUAGUGAAGCCGUUAUUCUUGCACAAAUUUCAAAAGAUGAAAGAGAAUUUUCUUGUGUUGAACGUGUAUCAUUAUAUUGCAUAUUAAUAAUUGUGAAGAAGAAACGAUGGGGUUGGAUAUCAUUUCAUCGACCUGCGCAUAGGAAUUUCAACGAUAGUGAAAAAAUAUUUUUACAGCAAAUUGCCAAUCAAAUAAGUUUGGCCAUUACUCAUUCCAAAUUAUUAGAAGAAAAGUUGAAACGUGAAGCUCAAAUUGAAGCUGCCAAAGUUGCGAGUGAUGCUAAAAAUCAAAUAUUAGCCAAUACUUCUCAUGAAUUAAGAACACCAUUAGGUGCAAUAAUUGGAGUGUUAUCAGCCUUCGAAGAAACACCCUUAACUGAUGAACAAAUGGAUAUGGUACAAAUUAUGACUCGAGCAUCAGAUGUGGUUUUAUCAGUUAUAAAUGACAUAUUGGAUGCAGCGAAGAUGGGAGCACAAAAAAUUUCUUUGGCAAAUAAAAUUUUUGAUGUAUUUGAUUUGAUGGAGAGAACAAUUGAGAUGUUUAGUGAACGUGCUGGUCUUAAAGGAAUUGAGUUGAUUUUAGACUAUGGAUCAUUUGAUAUUGAAAAAUCCAUUAAAAGUGAUCCUGAACGCUUACAACAAGUUUUGAUGAACUUGUUGUUAAAUGCCAUCAAGUUUACAGAAAACGGAGAAAUUACAGUUGAAGUAUCAGUGAUGAAUGAGGAAAACUCGGAAAAUAAAAAUGGAUUAAAAUUUAUAGAUAAUUAUUGCGAUAUUAAAAAAAAAAAAAAAGAUGUUUUAUUAUUUAAAGUGUCUGAUACUGGCAUAGGUUUUAUCCAAUGUGACGCAUCAAUGACAAGACCACAAGAUGGUAUAGGUCUUGGAUUAGCAAUAUGUAAAUAUUUGGUUACAAUUAACGGUGGUAAAUUGGGUGUCGAGAGUGAACUUGGUAAAGGUAGUACAUUUUGGUUUACAUGGAUUAUCGAAUCAUCACCACUAUCAUCAGUGCCGACCACACCAGCAAUGUAUUCAUCGUCACCGUCGUCGUUAUCAUCUCUAACGACAACAGAUAGGGAGUUAUUAUCAUCUCUUCGAUCAAAAAAAGUUUUAAUAAUUGAUCAUAUUGCAAAAUCAAGAAAUCGUUUAAUUAAAAUACUUGGCGAAAUUUCUGAAAAAGUUGUUGCAUUUGAUAUAAUAGAGAAAGGUAUCGAAGAAUCGAAAAAAUGGAGACAGAGUCAUAACAGGCCGUUGUAUGAUAUGGUUUUUGUUAACGUUAAAGAAGAAACUUAUAAAGAACAAGAAAAAUUGAUAAAUGAAUUGAGUUCUCUAAAUCAACAAAACAACCCUGGAGAUUGUAGUGAUGGUGAUAGUCAAUUCUAUGUUGUGAUAAUGCUUUUUUGGUCAGUAAGUGGUAGAAUAAUUAGUAAAAAAAUGAUGUCGAAUAUUCACGGGAAAAAAGUUGCACUGUGUAAACCAGUUAUGAAAAAUAAAUUUUUAGCUUGUUUACGCAAUAAUGAAUUAUUUAAAUCAUCGUCACCAUACAGUAAUAAUGAUGAUCCAACGAUAUCAGAAUCUAUCGGUAUCAAUGCUGAUGAAAAUAUUCAUAAAUUAAAUAAUUCUUCUAGUUUUAAUGUUGAAGGGGGCUUUAGUGUAAGUUGUGCCGAUGUCAAUAAUGACGGUUUAUUGAAAAGAAAGUCGUCAAUUGAUAAUGAUGAAGAUCACUUGGCAAAAUCAAGAUCAAGAGUAGUCACCAAGACAAAACGGAUUUUAUGUGUGGAGGAUAAUCCAAUCAAUUUAAGAGUUAUUCAACAUCAAUUGAUAAAGCUCGGGUACCCUUCAUUAACAGCAACUAAUGGUCAAGAAGCUGUUGAUAUAGUAAAAUCUGAAUUUUUAAAUGAGAAUUUUUCUUCUUCCAAUGGAUUUGAUGCAUCAAAAGAAAUAAAGUUAAUGAAACCGCCAGCAUCAAAUAUACCCAUAAUAGCAUUAACUGCUUCAGCUUCAGAAGGAACAAAAGCUAAAUGCCUUGAAAGUGGUAUGGACGAUUACGUUACAAAACCACUUAAACUCAAUCAACUUGGUAUCAUUUUAAAUAAAUGGCUUGAUGAAGAAGGUCAACAAAAAAUUUGA